AUGAUGGAUUAUAUGAUGGUGAUUUGUGAAGAGAUGAAGACCAAGAUGAGUCUUCAAUUAGUUCCCGUUCGGCAAGGGAUCCUGGUGGCGAUCCUCGUGAUCGUUGCCAGUUGCCUGGCAUUUCCUGGCGGAUACGGUGGGGGAGGAGGAGACUUCGGAGGAGGGGGACAACACCAUGGAGGAGGAGCAGGACUGCAACACGGAGGAGGAGGAGGCCUGACAAGCUUCACGGGAGGAUUCGCCAACUCUCACAGCAGUGCGACCGCAAGUGCUCACAGUAGCGCGGGCACGUUUAGCGGAGGCUUCAGCGAUGGAGGAUAUGGUGGACAUGGAGGCGCCGGUGGAACUCAUCACGGCGGCGGUGGUGGCGGCGGAACUCAUCACGGUGGUGGCGGCGGAACUCAUCACGGUGGUGGCGGCGGAACUCAUCAUGGCGGCGGCGGUGGAACUCAUCAUGGCGGCGGUGGCGGAACUCAUCAUGGUGGCGGAGGAAGUCAUCAUGGCGGCGGCGGAAGCCAUCAUGGAGGUGGUGGAGGCGGAGGAGGCGGUGGAGGAGGCGGUGGUGGUUUUGGAUCACACGGAAGCCAUCACGGAGGACAUGGAAGCCAUCAUGGAGGACAUAGCGGACAUCUUCAUUUUGGUGAUAGCAGCGAGGAAAGUCAUGGAGGGGGCUUUCAUGGCGGUUUCGAUGGCGGCCACGGCGGCGGUUACGGAGGAGGAGGAGGCGGAGGAGGAGGGGGUGGCGGCUAUGGAGGCGGAUUUGGUGCGCAUAAAGGAGGUUAUGGCAAAUAG